UGCGCUAGCUAGCCUGCCUGUAGCCUGGACCAAGACUUUCCGUUAAUUCCCGUAUACCGAGCCCACCCCCCACCCCCCCACCACCGACGUCUUGACUCCGUCCAGCUCGCUCAUCCGCCAGCCGUACAUGCCACACGGUGCCCGGUUCGCCGCCCUCGCGCAGCCCGGUCUGCCGCUGCUGGCUCCAGGAGGUGUUGUGGUGGUGGUGGUGGCGAGCAGCCGUGCUAGUCUCGAGACAGCACGGGAGAAGCAGCCAGUUUGCGAGAGAAGAAGAGAGGAGGAGAGGCAAACCGAGCGGAUUAAUUAUUUAUUUAAUGACUGUUUAUUAUUAUUAUUGUUAUUGAUUAGGCUACCUAGUGAAUGUGCGUGAGGACUAAUCUGUGAUGCGGUGUUGCUGGGUCCGUGCCGGACUGGACCGGGACAACCGGUGCUAAGUAAGGUCAGAUUGCAGGGGACCGUUGGAGAGACACCGUCACGUGACCCCCGGUACCAAAUGGUCUUCCGGCAGUGGCUCUCAACAAGGACCGGAGCACAAGAAGACGCCGCCACUUCUCUCAGAAAUGCAGAAGACAACAUACUACGACAACUCCUCAACACUUUUCGGUGGCUACUCAUCCUACCAGGUGCAGGGGGCAGCAGCGGCAGCAGCCGCCAAUGGCUUUGGGGGCUAUGAUGCCCCGGUCCCAGUGUCCCACCACCAGCCGGCCUUCCAGUCGGCAACCCAUCUGGAUGUGGAUUCGUACCAGCGCUCUGCCUGCUCUUUACAGUCGCUGGGCAGUAACGGCGGCCACCAGCAGCCGCAGCAGCUAGCCAAGACCAAGGAGCUGAAUGGCAGCUGCAUGCGGCCCAGCCUGCCGCCUGAGCACCACCCUGGCUCCCAGGUGUCCCCUCCUUUGCCCCCCAACCCCAGCAACGGUAAUACCGGGGCUCAGCAGCCGGGGGGCAGUGCUGGGACCUCCUCAGUCUCUAAAUCAGGCCCCAAUAAGUCAUCUAAUUCUUCUGCCUCCAUAUCAUCCUCCACAUCGUCCUCCUCUUCCUCACUGCCCCCCAACCCGUCCAUGGCCAAGCAGAUCUUCCCCUGGAUGAAAGAGAGUCGGCAGACGACCAAGCAGAAAAACUGUUCACCCAGCAACAACUCUGGCAAUGCAUCAGGAGGAGCGGAGAGUGGCAGCAGCGGGGAGAAGAGUCCUACCGGCGGGUCAUCAGCAUCAUCAAAGCGGGCUCGUACGGCGUACACCAGCGCCCAGCUGGUUGAGCUGGAGAAGGAGUUCCACUUCAACCGGUACCUGUGCAGGCCACGGCGCGUGGAGAUGGCCAACCUGCUCAACCUGUCCGAACGCCAGAUCAAGAUCUGGUUUCAGAACCGACGCAUGAAGUACAAGAAGGACCAGAAGUCCAAGGGCCUGAGCUCCAGCUCUGGAGGGCCCUCACCGACUGGCUCCCCACCCCUGCCCAUGCAGUCCUCCGCCAGUUUCCUCAACUCAAUGCACCCCAUGGGAGGGGGAGGCGGAGGAGGAGGUGCAGGCUACGACGUCCCAUCUCCGCCAUCCUUCGGCAAGCCCCACCAGGGAGUAUCUUACUCCAUGUCCACUGCCUACUCCAAUGUCCCCAUGAAGGGCUGCCCCCCCCAGCAGAAGUAUGGCGCCCCAGACCCGGAUUACGGUGACCCCCAUCCCCACCAUGGCCUAGUGCAGGCCAACACCGCCGGAUACGGGACUCCCACCAACAUGCAAGCCAGUCCAGUCUAUGUGGGGGGUGGCAGCUAUGUGGAACCUAUGUCUGGCUCGGGGCCCUCCAUGUAUGGGCUAAACCACCUCGGCCCCACGCAACCCCACCACCAAACCAUGGACUACAAUGGCGCGGGGCCCAUGUCGGCCACCAACCAGCACCACGUGGGCGGAGGGGGACCCCCUGGUCCCUGUGACCCGCCCACACACCCGACGUACACCGAGCUGUCGGCGCACCACACCUCGACUCAGGGCAGAAUCCAGGAAGCACCCAAGCUCACUCACCUGUAGCAGGUUUGGAACAAAAUGACAACGUAGGAAAUAGUGAAGACGACAGAGAACACGUAACACGACGUGACUCACUAACAAACUAACUAACAUGUGGGGACUCUACUGCUGCAAUGGGACGGCAGGAAAGACAGAACUAGACAGACAGGAGCCAUCCAGUGGUUUGUCCAGUGCUCAGAGGGGAACCAUCACUGUUUUCCAGGCCCACCCUGUUUUCACUGCCUUCACCAAUAGCUCCGUCAAUUCUUAUUACUAUUGCUAGAGCGUUUAAUUUAAUUUUAAAAAUACAAAGGUUGUGCCUAUUAUCAAGUAGCAGAGAUCGACCCAAACUAUUCAUGUUGUCAAAAGAGUCAGACAAAUCUGCUGUAAAAGUACUGAAAUCAAUGGUUGCUGCCAAAAAGAAAAUUAAGCUGGGACCAUACUUACUAACUCAGAAUUGGAUUCAGCUUUUUUAACUAAGUAUGUGUACACACAUAAGGAAUAUGAAUCUGGACUACUGAAACCUUACGUCGUCAUACAGGGGGGAGAAAACGUUUAAACCAUUUAACUGUGUAAUGUUUUACCUUCCCAUAAAAAAGCUGCUUAAUUUAACUUACACAUUCAAAGCUGCUUAAUGUUAAUAUACAUUAUCAGUGAUACAUGUUUCAUUUUUGAACUCUUGGUUCUGUUUACCCAUGCUUUUAACAUCAAUCCUUUUAGAGCAAUUUACAGUCUACUCUGAGUGUAUUUCUUGGUCCCAGAGCAGUGAAGCAUAUUGUAGGUGUGGGAGACGUGGUAUACAGUCAAUUGUCUCUCACGUCCCCCCGGGGACAAUAAACGUCAGGGGGCUCGUCUCAUGGCACUGGUGCAGAGACAUAUGCAGCUGUACGGCAUAACAGGAUCUAUGGUGAGCACCGCUGUUUAGUCAGUAUUCAUUAGACUAAUACUCUACAAUCUAAAAAACGGCGAGAUGUCAGUUUUUGGUGAACACUAUUUCUCAGAAAAUAAAAAUAAAUCUAAAGGGAAGGAAAAAUCUCUCUGUAUAAUAUGGUAUAUUUAAGUUGUAUCAUUUAGUACUAAAGUCUUCCUCUUUGGACUUUUAAUACAUCAUGGGCGGAGCAAAUCGCAAGCAUAGCUCAGCUAGCAUGUUGUAAAAGAAAAAAGGCUGUAAGGGCUCUGUUAGAGCUAGUUUAAAAUUGUACUUUGAUAAUAAAAUCUCCCCCCUAAGACACGCACAUAUACAAACAGCUCUCCCGCCUGGUAAAUGAAAUAGUUGAGAUGUUAAUGGGCAGUAAACGAGGUGGCUAGAUUUAUGACGCUGAGCUCUCUCCCCCUCCAGGCAACACAUGUUGUUGUCAGCCGAGCUGAGCUAUGUGGAGAGCUCUGCCUCUCCAUCGCCGGAGAGAGAGGGAGAACAGAAAUAUAUGGCUCGAGCUGGCAGCGCUCAUCAUCCUCUGUUCCCCUCGUUCCACAAGGCACAUAAAAACCACUGGAUGGUCCCCCCCUCACUGUCUCUUUUUACCUCCUGCCGUACCCUUCUCUUUCCAUCCAGACUGAAUCACUACUAACCCACCGUCUCCUGUCUGUGGCAGCAGCACAUGGCUUCUGAAGGAGGCAAAAUUUCUCACAAUCCGCCACAGACCA